CUGCCUUCGAGAUGAUACCCGCCCGCAUGGGCUCGCAGGAGGGAUAUUUCGUGGGUAAAUCGUCGUGUUGGACGGUCGCGAUGCUCGUCGGCAUCGCAGAGGACAGCACCGGGGCGGUGGGAAACGCCCAGCUCUCAAUUGACCACGUCAGCCUGCGCCGGCCUGAUUCCCCACGCGCACCGCGACGGUCGUAUAAGGACCUCUCUCCGCCGUUUCGCCCACCAUCCUAGGUCUGUCUGCAUCCCCGCCCUCCUCUUGCCAUCAUGCAGCUGCACAAUUGGCUCCCGCUCGUCAUCGCCCUCACGCCUUCGCUGGCGUCGGCGGCCCUCUUCCCUAAAGACACCGUCGUCAAGAUGAUAGACGCGAAGGACUGGAAGAAAGUGAUGAAGGAGAACUCCACCUCAGUAGUUGCGUUUGUCGCGCCAUGGUGUGGGCACUGUCAGAAGAUGGCGCCCGAGUUCAGCCAGGCCGCGCUUGGCGUCUACCCCAUGAUCCCGUUCUAUGCCGUCGACUGCGACAAGCAGAGCAACAAGCGGCUAUGCUCAGAGCAGGGCGUGUCCGGCUUCCCGACGCUCAAGCUAUUUCCGCGCGGCAAGGACAUGAAGCCUAUUGACUUCGAUUACCCAACUCGGACCGCGAGCGCAUUCUACUACUGGGCUUCCCGGAACAUCCCACACAAUGUUAAGAAGGUCUACCACCUCGAAGACCUCCCCGCCUGGGUUAGCGAGAACAUUGACAAGCCUCGCGCCCUGCUUCUCAACCAAGGCAAGGGCAUUCCUCUCCUCUGGCAGACACUCGGCAACAAGUACAAGGGCCAAAUCACCUUCGCCGUCCACCGUGACCGCUAUGGGAAGAGUUCGCUUGAGAUGGGUCUUGAGAAGGGUCCCGCGAAAUCCUCCAAAGUCCUAUACUACCCUCCGGGCGCCACGGAUUACGUCCGCUACCACGGUAUUAACAAACACGACCCGCUCUCGAAGUUCUUCGACUCCAUCCUCGAUGGCACCCUCGAUCUCGAGGCCCUCGCGAAAGAGGCUCCGCCCGUAGAGGUCGAGGAGGAGGACCAGGACGAGCGGGAAAAGGAGAUCGAGCGCCAGCAGGAGGAGCAGCGGAUGAAGCUCGCGCACGGCGGCUACAACGACAUGAUCGACUUCGAGGCGGCGCUGAAGGCGGGCAUCAACCCGCACGCGCCCGGCGGUGCGAACGCCGAAAUCCCCAUGAAGAAGCCCAAGGCGGAGAAGGAGGAAGAUCCCAUCCACCGGAUACUGAAGCACCAGGAGGAGGAAGCACGCAAGGAGGCCGAGCGGCCGAAGAUGGCACAGACCGGCGACGGCGCCCAGAUUGUGUUCGACCCCGCGGAGACCGGCCACCCAAAGACACCAGUCGCGGGCGAACCUGCGGCGACGCCGACGGAGGAGGCCGCCCCGGCUGAGACCGCUUCGGAGGAGACGACGAAGGGACACGUCACCGAUGAGCUAUAGCACCUCGGGCGGCGCGUGCAUCGUCCCGUUAGGCUCGCUGUGUGGGUGAACGGACGUUCGUUUCUGUGUAAAUUAUCGCCGGCUUCUCAGAUCGAAUUGUUACUUCUCUGCAGCGAGUGUU